GUGGAGAGAAGCGGAGCCUUGUUCGUUUCGGUCAGGGAGGUCUGCGCAAUGCACGUGGGAGGCGAGGCUGGGCUGGGCUAAAGCGAGGGGAGGAGCGCGUCAAGGCUGCCCGUCCCUUUCCUGCCCCGCAGUUUGUUCUCUCAGAGUAAGUAAGUCGGUCUCCGUCCGUCACGCCUGCCGCGGCGACGGCUUGUGCUCCGCAAUCGGGUUCGGAAUAUGCGGCAGAGAAGUACCACCACCACCACCACCAAUAACAACAGCUGCUGCUGCUGCUGAGUCGCCGCUCCCUGGGCGCAAGCAGACGCUUCGCUUCUCCGGCCCCCGCGCCACGAAACGGUUCCGAACAUGGUGGUGCGGGCGGCGCUGCUGCGGGCCUUGAUCAUGGGGCCGCCUGGCUCCGGGAAAGGCACCGUGUCCUCCCGCAUCGUCAAGCACUUCGCCCUGAAACAUCUCUCCAGCGGGGAUCUGCUCAGGGACAACAUGAACAAGAGGACAGAAACUGGUAUCCUUGCAAAGUCAUACAUUGAUCAAGGGCGCCUGAUUCCUGAUGAUAUUAUGACACAACUGAUGCUGAGUGAACUGAAGAAAGUAGAGCAGUUCCACUUGCUGCUAGAUGGCUUCCCCAGGACUGUUCCCCAGGCUGAAGCUCUGGAUAAAGCAUGUCCAAUAGACAUGGUGAUUGACUUAGAUGUGCCUUUUGAAACUAUUAGACAACGGCUGACUGCACGCUGGAUCCAUCCUGCCAGUGGCAGAGUCUACAACCUUGAGUUCAAUCCUCCCAAAGUCCCUGGCACAGAUGAUAUUACUGGAGAGCCUCUUUUUCAACGUGAUGAUGACAAACCAGAAACAGUUAUGAAGAGGCUAAACUCGUAUGAAGCAGAAACAAAACCUGUCUUGGAGUAUUAUCGACAGAAAGGUGUGCUCAAAUCUUUCUCUGGAACAGAGACCAACAAGAUCUGGCCCCAUAUUCAUGCUUUCCUUCAAACCAAGUUGCCUGAUGUGAGCCAGAAGGAGGCUGCUACACACAACUGAAGCAGGAUCAAACACUGGAUUCCAAGUAGAAGCUCCUGGCAUAUGUCCAAGCUUCUGGAAAAAUCUGUUCUCACAAUUACUAAAAUCAUGGAGAUCUUACUUUUUUUUUUUUAGGUCAGUGAGUUACUACAAAAUAAUGCCACACUAAUAACCAACAAAUCUCUACAAUUGCCACAUUUUGUGUAGUAACUUUGUAUUCUUGUUCUGUGGUAAACUGAUUAAAGUACUAUUUUUGUAUUAGAAGUAUGACUUUUGUAAAAUUAAACAAACUGAUUUUUAACAAGA